AUGUCACCUUCCGAGCCAUCAUCCCCACAAAUUCGUUCGGUUCCUUCUUUCUUGAACAAUGACGGCAUUGACCAAUUGACUCCAUUACAACACAACAACCGCCCUUCAAAUUUGUCUCUUUCAGAUCAAUGGGUAGGUCUUAAUAGUGCCAAAAACUCAUUUGCAAACUUGACCACUGCAGGAUCGUUUUCUAACCUUCGUGUUGGCGGCAGAAGUAGAUCUUCUUCGCUAGCAAAUCGCUCAAUUAAACAAACAAAAAUUGAUCACCCUAGAAUCGCAAACUAUGCUUUUGCCUUUGAUAUAGAUGGGGUCAUUGUCAAAGGUCCUGAUACUAUUCCUCAAGCCCGUGACGCCCUCAAGAUGCUUAAUGGAGCUAACCCAUAUAAUAUCAAGGUGCCUUACAUUUUUGUCACCAACGGUGGUGGGCGUUCUGAAAAAGCCCGUUCUGAAGAAUUGUCCAAAAGAUUGGGUGUAAAAAUUGAGGAAAACCAAGUGAUUCAAGGCCACACUCCAAUGAAGGAUUUGGUAUCCAAAUUCAAAACUGUGCUUGUCAUUGGUGGUGUCGGUGACGCCUGUCGCAAAGUUGCUGAAGGCUAUGGGUUCCAAGAUGUUGUUACUCCAUUAGAUAUCAUGAAAUGGAAACCUUCGGUAACCCCUUACCAUACCUUGACCGAAGAUGAAUUGAAAGUGGCGCGUGAUAGAGACUUUAGCAAGAUAGAAAUCGAGGCCAUUUUGGUAUUUGCGGACUCUCGAAGCUGGGCAGCUGAUCAGCAAAUCAUUUUAGAACUUUUAUUAUCGAAAAAUGGUGUCAUGGGCACUGUCAGUCCAACCUUUGAUGAAGGUCCUGGGAUUUAUUUUGCUCAUUCUGAUUUUCUUUGGUCGACAAAUUAUGGAUUGUCAAGAUAUGGGAUGGGAGCAUUGCAAGUUUCUAUUGCUGCCAUCUACGGUGAGCAUACUGGCAAAGAAUUGACUGUUACGAGGUUUGGUAAACCUCAAAGAGGUACUUUUAGAUAUGCUGACAAGGUGUUGAAUUUGUGGAGAAAAAACGAAUUGGAACAAUACGUUGCCAAGGAAAUGGCUGACUUGAAGCUUGAUGAGCAUGAGCAGGAGGAAGCUAAGGAUAAGGUCCCAUCACAAUCAAAUGUUCCUUCAUCAAAUAAUUCCAGACCAUCUUUGAAGUCUAGAAUCAGUAAUUCCAAAUUCCAAAUGGCUAUUGAUUCUGAUACCGAUGACUCUGAUUCAGAAGAUGAUUCAGAAGAUGAUAUAGUUACCCCUAUGGCCCGAUCUGCCGCUGGACAAACUCCAGCAGAAACUGGUGAUCUUGUCCUUGACCUUGAUUUGCCUCAAUCUUCCACUGUUUAUUUUGUUGGGGAUACUCCAGAAUCUGAUAUUCGUUUUGCCAAUAGUCAUGAUUCCACAUGGUACUCAAUUCUUGUCAACACGGGGGUUUAUCAACCAGGUACCACCCCAAAAUAUAAGCCAAAACACAUGUGUACUAAUGUCUUGGAAGCAGUAAAAUAUGCUAUUGAAAGAGAACAUGAAAUGGAACUUUCUGAAUGGAAUAAAAAUGCUGAAGAAUUGGCAAAAUUAAGAGGAAGCUCUUCUAGUGACGGAAAUGCUGUCAGUCUGGCUGGUUUAAGAAAAUUGAGUAACUCCAGUGCCACCUCUAACGGUAACUUGAAUAGCUUAAGACGCGGUAGUGGUGGAGCUGCUUUUUUGAGACCUCAUGAUACUGGAGUGGACGUAACAAUUGAUGCAAGAGUCAAGGAAGUUGCUGACUUGAAAACUGGGGAAGCUGUAUUGUUCGAAUAA